AUGUGAACAAAAAAGUUGAGAGGUCUUGAGAUUUGCAGAAACAGAGUUUUUAAAGAUGCAGCAAUUAUGGGUAGCAAAAGAAAACAAGAAGAAAGAGAGAAUCGUCAAAGGAAGCGAUCUACUCGAUGUUGUCUUCUCGUGGUCUGUUCUUGAUGUACUAAACUCAAAUCUUUACAAGGGAAAGGUAGAGAAGAUUCCUAACACAUUCCCAUCAACCAGAGAGUAUUUGGAGUCAUUUGUUAAUCCACUGAUCGAGGAGACACAUGCUGCUUUGUUGUCAAGUAUGGAAACGUUACGCCGUGCACCGGCUUUCAAAUUUCGGGAAAUCAAGCCAGCCAAAGAUUUUAAAGCUCCCAAGAAUCUCUAUUAUGAGGUUACUUUGGAGAUAGUGCUUGAUAAUACCACUAAUGGAGCUAGAAAGCAGUUAGAGGUCAAUGAUCUUAUUGUUGUGACAGAUAAGAGGCCUAUUCGAAUCGAUGAUUUGAGAUGUUCCAAUGAGCCUUACUUGCUGGCUCUUGUUUGCCAUGUGGAUGAAGAUUUUCCACAUUUGAUAACUAUUACGGCUUCAAAACCAAUCAUUUAUUUUGAGGACGUCUACACGAAAACGAAAAAGAAAGGAGAAGUUGUGAGGAAACACCUAAGCCUCUAUGGGGUUUAUUUGAUCAACAUGAUGACCAAUAUUCGUAUUUGGACCGCGUUGCAUCCAAAUCCAGAAGGAGGAAACUUGAACCUUAUUUCAAGAGUACUUCAAAGCAACAAUGAGGUUGAUGGAGGAAGUUGUGUUGCCUGUAAAGAAAACAGUGAGAGUGUAGUGUCACAUCACUUAGCGCUAAUGCUACGUUCAUUUAAACUGAAUUUAUCUCAAGAAGAAGCGAUUUUGCACUGUCUAGAAGCUAGAAGUUGCUACCAUUGCAACACUAUCAAACUUAUAUGGGGACCACCGGGCACGGGGAAGACGAAAACAACGAGUGUUCUGCUUUUGAACCUUCUGAAAAUGCGAUGUAGAACAUUGACUUGUGCUCCAACUAACAUAGCUAUUUUGGAAGUUUGUUCAAGGCUUGUGAAUUUAGUCUCUGAUUCAUUGAGGUUUUAUGGAUAUGGUCUUGGAGAUAUAGUGUUGUUUGGAAAUAAAGAAAGGAUGAAGAUCAAAGAACGGGAGGAUCUUUUCGAUGUCUUCCUUGAUCGCCGAGUUGAGAAGCUUGAAAAUUGUUUUCUGGCAGUGACUGGAUGGAGAGCAAAUGUAAACCUCCUGAUCUGUUUGCUCAGUGAUCCCAAUGAAGUGUAUAAGCAGUACUUGGUCAACAAGGAAUGUCAGGAGAAAGACAACAAAUAUUGCGUAAAUGAAACCCGUCUCUCGUUUGCGGAAUUUAUACAAGAGAGGUUUAACAUACUAAGAAAUGAGCUGCAGAAUCAGUUUCCAACUUUGUGCCUGCAUUUACCAACUGCUCUACUCUCCUUUCGAGUGGCUGAGAAAAUGUAUCAAGCUAACGAUCUUCUCAGAGGAUUCGCAAUUUCAGAUGUCAUGGUUAGUGGUAAGUCUUGUCAUGGAAGACUGAAAGAAAAUGGCAGAUUUGAGAUUGAUACAAGAAAGCAAGACUGUGUGAAGAUGUUAACAUCAAUUUGUGAAAGUAUCGAACUUCCGGAUUUCUUAGGAAAGUUUACUCUCAAAAGACUCUGCUUAGAACACGCAUAUCUGCUUUUUUGCACAGCAUCAAGCUCUGCUAAGUUACACAUGAGUAGUCCAAUACAGCUUCUUGUGAUUGAUGAAGCUGCUCAGUUAAAAGAAUGCGAAUCAGCGAUACCUUUGCAGCUUCCGGGACUUCAACACGCAAUUUUGAUCGGUGAUGAGAAGCAAUUGCCUGCAAUGAUUCAAAGCAAGAUUGCUUCAGAGGCUGAUCUUGGGAGGAGUUUGUUUGAAAGAUUGGUGUUGUUGGGGCAUAAUAAACAAUUGCUGAACAUGCAAUACCGAAUGCAUCCGUCGAUUAGUAUUUUCCCGAACAGAGAGUUUUACGAUAUGAAGAUUUUGGAUGCUCCUUCUGUGAGACUGAGAAGUUAUGAGAAAAAGUUUCUUCCUGAGAAAAUGUAUGGACCUUACUCUUUCAUCAACAUAGCAUAUGGAAGAGAACAGUUUGGAGAAGGAUAUAGUUCGAAAAACGUAGUGGAGGUCUCUGUUGUGGCUGAGAUAGUGUCAAAGCUUUAUUCAGUAUCAAGAAAGACGGGAAGAUCGAUCAGCGUAGGUGUUAUUUCACCUUACAAAGCUCAAGUGUUUGCAAUCCAAGAAAGGAUAGGCGAAAAGUAUAAUACCGAAGGGACAUUCACAGUGAGUGUUAGGUCCGUAGAUGGGUUUCAAGGCGGCGAAGAAGAUAUCAUUAUAAUCUCAACUGUCAGGUCUAACGGUAAAGGAGCAAUCGGUUUUUUAUCUAACCAACAACGAACUAAUGUAGCACUCACUCGCGCGAGGUAUUGCUUAUGGAUUCUUGGAAACGAGGCGACUUUAACGAACAAUAAAUCAGUGUGGAGACAAUUAGUAGAUGAUGCGAAAGCACGAAACUGUUUCCAUGAUGCAGAAGAAGAUGAAUCAUUAGCUCAGUGUAUUGAAAGAUCAACAACAGCUCUUGAUGAUCUUAAUAAGCUUCAAAACAAGAAGCUUAUUUCCUUUGAAAAUUCGAUAUGGAAGGUUUGGCUUAGCAAUGAGUUCUUGAAAUCUCUGGAAACCUUCGUAGACUCGGAAAUUAACAAAAGGGUUAUGAGUUUUCUGGAGAAGUUAUCUAAUGGGAAAGAGCUGCUUCAACAAGAGGAUGAGAUUGAGAGUGAGUAUCUGUUGAGACAAGAGGAGAUUGAUGAUGGCUUAAGCCUUAUUUGGGCAAUAGACAUUUUCAAGAAAAAUAAUCAUCAUAUCCAAGUUUUGAAGAUCUGGCAGGUUUUGCCAUCUUCUGAUGUUUCUCGCGCCACGGAACAUCUAGAGAAACAUUACAAGCGAUACACGAAAGUCAAGAUAAAACGGUGUCGAUACAUAUGCUCUCAAGGAGAUUUAGUUGUACCAAUGCGAUGGCCGGUUGAUUCCAAUUCUUGCUUAAAGAAGGACAUUGUAAACGACGUUUCAAGAUCAUUUGCAUUGCUAAGUGUUGUGGAGGAAGAAACUGUGACUCCCGAACCAAUCAAGAAACAAGUGAAGCUAAAGAAAGUGUGGAAGAUUAGAAGAAAGGUUCAACUUUCAACAUCUAACUCCAAAGAUCCUAAGUGAAUUUUGACUGUUUCUUUCUUAAAAGCAGACAAUUUGGUAUUCCUUUUGGUCUUUUAAAACAAUGUAUGUCUGCUUCUUUUGCGUUCUGUUGUGACUUUUUUCUUUCUCCAUUAUCUUUGCCAUUUGUGUCAGAAAUACUUCAAGUUAACUAUGAUUAUCGAUCACGUGAUUCAUCUUAGAUCAUAAUUUUUUUCUCCACUAUAAAUCUUAGGCCUGGGC